UAAUGGCUUCUAAGUCAAUAAUUUGUACUUUUUAAGAUGGAAAGUAAUAUUAUUUAUAGUGCGAUGUCUUACAAGUAAAAAAUGUAUUGCAUAGACAAAUAAACAGCAAAAUACCUUUUGAUAAUAUCAUUCUUAUUGAUGAUUACGAUAAAGUAUAUAGUGCAUCGACUGCUUUAUAUUAAACAAAAAAUAAUUAAAUGUAGGGCUAAAUUUCCUACAAGGUCUUAGAUGCUCAAUAUCUUUAUAGGGAGUAUAAAGAAUUGAUAAAGAUUAAUGAAACAAAUUAUGAAGAAUUAUUAGAGACUUAAUAGAAAUUAUAAAAACUAGUGGAAGAAAUGAAAGAAAAAGAAAAGUCGCAUAAAAUAGAAAUAUAAUAAUUAUGUGAAACAAAUAAAAGUUAAAGUGCUGAUAUUCUAAGAACAAAACAAGCAGAAAUUGAAAAGAUGAAAGCUGAAAAAGAUUAAGAAAUAUAAGAAAUUUAAGAUAAACAUAAUAGGCUUGAAUUGUAAUUAAAUCAGAUAACUAAUAAAUGUAAUGCUCAAGAUGAGAACAUUAGAUAAUUAUAGGAUGAUAUUUAAACAUAAAUGACAAACAAUGAUAAAUUAUAAAAAAAGAAUGAAGAUUUAAAUAAUGAAAUAAAUAAAAUAAAUUAAGACAAAACUAAUUUAGAUUAACAAUGGCAAACUUGGUAUGGUUAAUUAAAUGCUUAAAUGGAAUAAAAGAUAUAGUAGAUAUAUUAGUAUUAAUUGGCCAUUUAAUAAACAAAUAAUGAUUAUGGUAUGAAUAUAGCAAAUUUAUAACAGUAGAUAUAAGAUUUAUAAGAUUAAUUAUAAAUUUAAAAAUAAGAUACAGAUAAAUAAAAAAAAUUGUUAAAAUCAGAAAAAGAUAAAGCUAAUGAGAGUUAAACUUAAUCUGAAAAUACUAUUACAUAAUUAAAUGAGAAAAUUAGAAAAUAUGAAAGAGAUAUAAAACAACUAAAAGAUAAAAAUAAUGAAUUGGAAAUGAAUUAUAGGAAUACACAUAUGGAAGUUUAAGGUGCAACUUCUACUCUUUCAAAUAAAGAAAUAGAAAAUAAAAAAUUAUAAAGUUAAAUUAAAUAAUUAACAUUAACCAUUUAAUAAUUGGAGUAUGAUAACUAGUAGUUACAAAAUCAUAUAUAAAAUUUUGAGGCUAAAAUUGUUGAUUAGACUUAACAAAUAUUCAAUUUAAAUUAAAAUAUAGAUUAAUUGAAUGAAUAAAUUGAAUAAUAGAAAGAAGAAAUUAGGAAAAAAGGAUUAGAAUCUGAUAAAUAUAAAAAUGAAUAUAAAAGCUUAUAAUAAUAAAAAGAAUCAAUUGAUAGAGAAUGUUUAGAGUUAAAAAAUUAAUUAUAAAGAUUAAAAGAAGAAAUAGAAAUAAAAGAAAAUGGAGGAUAAGUUAAUUAAAAUGAAAUAUCAAGACUUAAAAAUUAAAUCAUUAAAUUGGAAAAAGAUAUUAAUGAUCAAAAUAAAUUAAAUUAAGAAAAUUAAGAAAAAAUUAGAUAGUUUAAAACAUAGAUAACAACAAAAGAUGGAGAGAUAAGUAAUUUAGAAAUUAAAUUAAAUUAACUUUAAACUUCUUUAAAAUAAAAAGAUGAAUAAAUUAGAAAUGAUUAAGCUGCUAAUCAAUUAUUUAAAUAAUAAAUGGAUGUAAUAAUUUAAGGAAUGAAGUCUGAGAUAGAAUAAAGUAAUUAAAAAUUAGAGAUCAAAGAUCAUAUUUUAAAGAAAUUAUCAAAGCAAAUGCAAGAUGAUAAAUAUUAUGAUAAAGUUAUUGGUUUAAUGGAUAAAUUAAUGUAAUCCCCUAAUAAAAUUUACUAAAUUGAAAAAGAUUAGAAUGCUUAGUUUGAUUUGAAAGAUUAUGAAAUGUUUGAGAUUACUUUUGAAUUUAAUAAAGCAAAAGAACUUUUGAAAAACAAUAAAUAUUUUUUAUUUGAACAAUGUUUAAAUAAGAAUCGAAAGGGUAAUGUCAAAUUAAAUAGAAGUAUUUAACCAAAUGCUGAUUCUACAUUUUUUAAGGGUUAUUUAAGUAUUGUAAAAGAGGCAGAUUAAAAUGAAUUUAAAGGAAAAUACUUUUUAAGAAAAGAUUUAAUUUCUUAAAAUGAUCCAUUUACUAAUAUAGAUGAAGCAAUUGAAAUGUCUAAAAAUAAUUUCUUAUGUUAAUUAUUAAUGGAAUAAUUUAAUAAAACAUUAAAAUCAUAAAAAUUAAAAGAAGGAGAUUAUUAAAUUGCUAGAUAGUUUAUUUUAAAGUCUAAAGGUAAAUAUUAAAUUUAUAAUUAUUAUAGAUAAAGAAGAAUAUUAUUAUUGUGAAAUGGUUGAAGAAGGAGAAUUUAAAAAGAUUAACGGUGGAACAUUUAAUCCUAAAAUUAGUGAAAUAGAUUCAUAUUUCAAUGCAUUUUCUAAAUUCGUCUAUGCAUUUUCAAAGGAAAAUUAUAUUAUCACUCAUCUUUAAAUUUGUGGAAAAAAAGUUCAUGAUAUGAUAGUAAGUACUACUUAUAAAGGAUUAUUCUCAACUCUAGAUUAAGGAUCAACUGAAAUUGGAUAAUUUUUAGAAGCCAUAAAUAAUUAACCUAAAAAUUUGAUUUAAUAACAUUGGAAUGAAAUUUUAGAAUAAAUUGCUAAGGAAGGAUUUAAAUGAG